CUGGCUUCCGACGAGAUCGAAUUCGUGAUACAUGCGCGAGACAACAACCUCCCAGAUCCCUUCGGUACUCAUUCCACGACUACCAGAAGAUUGACAUAUGGAGAGGUCGCAAAGCUGUACAACGAAAAGUUUGGCAGGAACGUUGGUCCGGCAGCGGUUGAGAAACGAUAUCGAACUUGCAUUUCAAAAUAUCGUGAAAAGAAUCCCAACUAUCCAGCAAAUAUUGUAUAUACUCCAAAAGAGGCAAAGCCUAAGAGAAUCCCGAGAAAAGACUCCGCAGUAGCGUUCAAUCAAGACGUUCCAGAGAAAGAACUUGAUGGGAAUCCGACAAAGACUCAAACACGCAACGAUGGCCAUGAUAUUGAGAUCUCAGACGAAGAACGCCCUUACUGGGCACAUCUCACAGUGGAAACGGAAGAUGGUAUGAUGAAUGGAAGCUGUGCCAUACCCCUUCGGGACCUCUCGGCAAGCUCCCAGGUCUACGCCGAUUAUCUGAAGGAAUUCAUCUCGGUAGAACUAUCCUUCAUGGCCACAAAGCAGCAGACACUGGCGAGAUAUAUAACAAUGAUCUCCCCAGAAGUGCAAAGGGCUCUGCCAACCUGCGACUUCCAGCUUCUCAGGCACAAACAGCCCAAGGUGUCUAAGAUUCAGUGGUCCAUGAGAAAAACUGUCGAUCUUUACAUCCUCGCAGCCCAACUCCAGGAUUGCCAUGUCAGGAACACGAUCAUUGACCACUGGUGUCGGUCACUUGAAAAUGAGAAGGAGGUGGAAAUUCUCCUUGAGUCAAUAGAGCGCCUAUUCAUGGGCACAGAGGAAUCCGAUCCAGCUCGAAAUUUUUGGAUCGAUGCGUUGCAUGGCCAGGGA